UGGCCCGCAGGGUUCGGGUGAGGAUCCCUUUCCGCAGCUCCUCGCAGGACGGCGCCCAUCGAUCCGCGGUGUCCGGGAGCUGCAGGGGACAGGCGAAGCGGUGCUGCUCCCUCCGGCUCCACUGCCCGGUCAAUAACAGCUGGAACUCUGCUGCCAUCAGUAAAUAUCACAGUGGAGCCUUUGGCCUCGUUUCACCUCAGUUUCAGCGAGGGGCUGAGUCAGCAGCCCGGGCUGUCCCCCUGAGCAGCCCCAGCCUGGCUAAGCCAGCGAGAUAAGCCGGGCUUAUUUCUGUGCCAGCAGCACAGGCUGCUGUGCUCAGAGCUGACUGAGCUCCCAAAGAGCAGCGUCUGCCUGCCCAGCUCCUGCCUUCCCUCAACCCGAGCACAGCUGCACAUCUCAGGCCAUGGACCGGCUGGAGGAGGAGCUGACCUGUCCCAUCUGCUGCGACAUCUUUGUGGACCCGCGGGUGCUGCCGUGCUCGCACACCUUCUGCCAGCCGUGCCUGCAGGGGCUGCUGCGGGGGCCGCGCCUCAGCUGCCCCAGCUGCAGGGCCGUGGUGGCUGUGUCCGGCGCCGGGCCCGCGGCGCUGCCCAUCAACUUCGCCGUCAAGGCCAUCAUCGACAAGUGGCGGCAGGAGGAGCGCGGCGAGGCCGCGGCCGCGGCCGUGGCAGAGGCGGGGAUGUGCGAGGCGCACCCCCGGCAGCCGCUCAACAUUUACUGCGUGCAGGACCGGCGGCUGGUGUGCGGCCAGUGCCUCACCAUCGGCAAGCACCGCGGGCACGCCAUCGAUGACCUGCAGAGCGCCUACAGGAGGGCCAGGGAGGCGUGGGGACAGCUCCAGCAGGAGCUGGGGGAUCAGUCCCGCUCCAAGGCGUUCUCCUGCUCGCAGAGGCUGCAGCAGCACAAGGCGCGGUGCCAGAGCGCCCUGCAGAGCGACAGGGAAGCGGUGCUGCGCUAUUUCAAGGAGCUCGGUGAUGCCUUGGAGCACCAGAAGGAAGCUCUGCUGAGCGCGCUGGAUGAACUGGAUGGCCGCAUUUCGGAGAAGUACGAUCCCCUCAUCGAGGAGGUGGAAAAGCUGAAGUUAGAAGAGAGCGAGUUAAAGGAGCUGCACUCGGCUGUUGAGAAGGAGGAGUCCCCGCUGCUGUUCCUGGAGAAGCUGGACGGGCUGCAGCUGCGGCUCCACGCUCUCCAGCAGAAGCAGCUCCCAGAGCCUGAAGCUGUGGAGGUUCAGCCGAGGAUGGAGAACGUGCUGCAGGACACGUGGUCCAAGACUGAGCUCGGGCAGGUGCACAGGAUCCGCACCCCAAGGCUACAGCUGGCUCCCAAGAGCCGGUGCUCUGGACAGCAAACAACAGCGGCUGCGCUCUGGGCUGCUCUCACUGAACCCAACGUUCUCCUGCUGAUCCUCAUCUGCCUUGUGGCUGUCUGGCACGAGGAGAUCUCAUCUGGCACCGUCCCGGCCCCCCUGGUGCACCUCUGGCAGUUCCUGCUGCGGAUGUACCGCGAUUCCUGCGCCUACCUGCAGCAGCGCGUGCAGGAGCUGUGCCACACCUCUGUACCGCUGGAGCUGUGCAGGAGAAUCCUCCCUGAGUACUUUGAUUAGAUGGAAACACCCAGUGCAGCAAUCCAGCUCUGGUUUAAUUUCUGCUUACAGGAUGGACUGAUCGAGCUCCACACUUGCUCUGUUUCUGUAUCCCUCCCUCUCUCUAUGGCAUGGAUCUCCUCUGAGCUAAAGUUCUGAUCCACUUUAGGUGAGGAGAGGGGAGUUUUGCCUUGAUCCACAACUUUGGGAUUCAGUCCUUAACAUCCUCCUGGAAUUCUUUGCCAAAGUUCAGGUGCAUUGCUGAGCUUCUGCUGUAACUCUUGGCAGUUUUACAUUACAGUAAAUUACACUGAUUCCUUAAA